AGCUGGAUGGUGUCGUCCCCUUUUAAAAACACGGAGUUUCCGGUUAGAGCUGGUCCGUCAGUUAAAUAGAGACCAGUCGGAGCGUUAUGGCAACAAUGAUCGAGGAAAACGGUCCUUCCACUCACGAGCAGUCUGAUGUGUCCUCGUCGUCCCAGGCCAGGCAGAAGCUGGAGGGGCUCCUGAACAAGAACAUGAGGAUCCGCAUGACGGACGGACGGACCCUGGUGGGGCUCUUCCUCUGCACAGACCGAGACUGCAACGUCAUCCUGGGGUCAGCACAGGAGUUCCUCAAAUCCACAGACACAUUCUCCCAGGGUGAACCCCGAGUCCUGGGCCUGGCCAUGAUCCCCGGUCACCACGUGGUGUCCAUCGAGGUGGAGGCAGACAGUCUUGAAGACGCACAAGGAUUCGGCGCUCACCACUGACUGAAUCUUCGCCCGUCGUGGACAUCGCUCGGUACUCGGCGUGACUGUCUCUCGGGUGGGCCAGCCGUACGCGGGCUGAGCUCAAAAGGAGAACGGACAUCUUCGCCUCCACGGACGCAGAUGCAGAACUCCUGUGUCGAUAUUCUGGACUUGAAGACAUGUCCAUUUGCAGUGACGGCUGUACAAUACAACGAGUGUAUGUGUGAGAAGCUGCGAGCAAACAGCAGCUAACUGGAUGUGUGUGGAAAUGUUUCAGUUCUGUGUACAGUAGAUGUCUCUGUUUCAUAAGGUUUUAAAAUAUAUCACGAAUCGACAGAAAUUCUCACACUGUCAUGUUUUUUAAAAGGGUAUCUUCACAGAUUUUACAGCCAAAGGUGCAUCAUGGGUAAUGUAGGCACUGGGGUUUGAUAAUAAGAAUAAAAACAUCUCUGAUUCUGCUGCAUCAAGUUCUGAAGAGUGCAACGUUGGGAAACCCGAGCGUCCAUCCUGCUUUAGCUUUAACCACUAACAAACUCGUAGCUGUUAAGAAACGAGGGCAAAUUUUGAUUGUUUCAGUAUUUUAAUAUGCUUGAGCACGUCAGCUGAUUCAGUUUGGCAACAGUAAAAUCGAAGCCACUAACAGCAGAAAACCCUUUUUAAAAAGAAAAAAAACCCAGAAACAAAAAUCGUCCCACUCGAGUCGAUUUUUAAAUACAAAGAGCUUUUGUCACAUUUGGUUCACACGGUCGAGCAGUAAGAUGGGAUUCAAAGCAGUUACAGUCACUGUAUCCAUAAGCUGUUAUCGACAAAAAAAAAAAUAACUUAAAACCUCAAAUCUUCAAAAGAAAGUCGUCUUAGUUCACGAUUCAACUGUUGUCUUGUCCUGAGGCCCCGUUUACAAAGUUGCACUUUUAGAUUUUGAUCUUUUAGCUUGUGCCUCAGUGCAUCAUGUUCGACAAACACCAUCAAAGAUACUGUUUAUGAAUUACAUACAAUAUGUCGCAGGAGUUCAGUAGGACUGUAACUAACGUACCACGCCAGCUCCAGCUCCGUUUUUCUGUAAACUCUUCUUUUUUUUAAAAUGAGGCUCUCAGAUAACAACCUGAAGACACACCUGGUUUUGUAAAGAGUGUUUUGAAAAGAUUUUUUCAAAAAGCAGUAACAUAUCAGGAGUGGAGGACAUGUGGAGUGGUUUUUCAAACAAAAAAAAAAGGUUAAAAGUGCAAGUUUUCAAAGACGUGCUUCGACAGGAGUGAAAAAGAAAAAAACACUACGACUCUUUGAUUCGACCAUCGGCGGCUACGCUUUCGUCCAAGAACUGUUUUCAGACCACGUUAAUGAGCGAGUUUUAACCAAGUUUUCAUAAGUUACAUCCGUAAUAUUAUUUGGAGUCUGUCGAGGAUACAGCCAAAAGACAGAAUUCACACAUUAAUCCAAUUAAAUAUCUGCA